AUGACGUUUCUGACCUGGAUUAUUUUUCUGCUACUCGGUAGAGCCACGGAGGCAGGACGAGUUCUGUUUCUUCCGUCGACUCUCGAUCCAGUGCAUCCGCAGACGAUGGCCGUACUGGCAGACGAGCUUUCGAGGCGUGGUCACCAAGUCUCGUGGCUUGAGAUCGGGCCACAGCAAGUACGUUCUUUUCUCUCUGAAGAACUUGUUCGAAAAUGCAAAAAAAUUGGAUCAGAGAUGAAAAUCUCAUGAUUCCGAAAAGUAUCGGUACUUUGUUGGCAUAGAAAUGUGAAGGACCCUUUAUAUUUUCUAGGAAGAAAAUCAAAAUAGCGCCUCUCCAAAAUCGUAAAAUGAAAAUCUUAAAUUCCCCGUUCAAAUAUAAUUGGCAUCGGUCUGAAAAAAAUAAGUAGCUUUUAAACUCAUUACUUUUUGAAAAACCAUUCUUUGAAAAAUCACCUUCAUGUACAUUCACAUUUAUUCAGUCUUCAGGGAAGAUUUUCAACUCAAGCAUGAAAAUGUUCAGAUAAUUUUUUUCAACCGAAAAAAAUUUUGGUUUUUUGUGCAUUAUUAGUUCUUUUCAUUUGAAUUGAAACUUGAUAAGCAAUGUUUUCAGUCCAAAACAGUACUUUUGAAAAACGUGACACGGGAGUUCUGGCCGGCGCAGCUGGGCGACCAAAGGCUCAACGAAAUAUAUCUCCACCGGAACCACACAAACUACGGAAAAGUGGCAAUUUUCGCAUUUCCGUUCACUUCCGACUUUUUUUCAGCUUUGGAACGCAAAAUUCACAUGGGCGAAUGAGCAGACGACGGGAUGGCUGGCCUCGAUCAAGAUUUGCAACUCGUUGCUCUCAAGAAACCAGCAAAAGUUCGACGAUCUAGUCAAGAAAAGGUUGUUCCAUGUGAGAAUACAGUGGUCUACUAGGAUUAAAAGGAAUAUUUUAAAGAAGAAGAAGCAAAAAAAUAUAUAUAUUUAGAAUUGAAUGGAUAAAACGACUCGCAAGUUGGCGCAACGGGGCAACUUUUUUUGGUUAUAGUUUUGAAAAACAUAUCAAGUUUUCAUUCCGAAAUGUUAAGUGUGUCAACAUUUACACAUAAAUCUAUGAAGUUUCCUUAGAUAGGUGCAAAAAAGAGAAAGAUAAAGCUAUAAAAAGGAUAUUAUACCAAAAGCAAGGAAAAAAACUGUUUUCUGUUCCAGAUUCGAAACUGUUGUCGUGGAUGACCUGUACAAUCCAUGUGGUCUUCUUCUGGUCGCUCUCCGAAGUUCAAAGCUUCCACGUUCAGACUCAAAAAAAAAGACAUUUUCCAGAGUCCGUCUACGUGUACUGGAGCAUGACGUCAAUGCGAACCGAGUCGGCUUGGGCCAACCAAAGCCCGACUCCGCCGAGUUAUCUGCCGGUUCCAGGCACAGGGUCCGUUUUUGCAAUCAGAAAGAUAUCCUAGAAAUUGGUUUCAGUUUCACCGACGACUUGAACUUUUUCGAGAGGACUAUCAAUGUGGCUUCAUAUCUCCGUCAGCUUUAUGUCCACCAGCAUCUCAUUCAAAGGAGAAUCGACGCCCUCUUCCAGGUUUGACGGUUUUCUGAGUCGAGUGAAAAAAGAUGGUAAAUGUUUUCUAAAGAUUACAAAGAUCUAACAAAACUAUUUAUCAAUUUGAAUAGUUUCUGAUAUGAUCUAUUUCGCAUAAGUGUGUUGUUUUGAGGCAUAUGUAUAAGGAUCCAUCAAUGAAAACUCAUUCACGAAUAGGAUUGAAAUAAGGAACCCGGAAACUUUGUCCUUCAGAAGUUCUACCCGGGAGCGCCUUCAGCUUUUGAAGUUGAAAGAAACGCCUCCAUCAAUUUUGUGAACAAUCCACCCAUUUUCGACUUUGCGAGGCCCUUCAUGCCCAGAGUAAACUUCGUUGGAGGCCUUCACUGCAAAAAAGCCGCGCCAUUACCUAAAGUUGGUUUUUCUUAUUAUUCAAUUUUCGUUUUUAGUUAUUAGAACCGUGUAAGUCCAAUCAGAUUUAAAAAAUUCCGGGGAAAAGGAAAAAAACUAGUUCGCCACGUCUGGAAACAGUAUCCUCUGCGUCAUUUUCCCCGUCGUCCUCUUUUCGCACCUGCGAGGUCAUAGAAGCAUAAAAAGCACGGAAAAAUGAGAGCGCAGAGAAAGCAGACUUCUUAAAUUUUUAGGGAAUGAGCUUGAAAACAUCUCAAAUUCAUUCAUUUCCAGUAAUUCUUUCAGGAUUUGGAGGACUUCAUUAAAAAAGGAAAUAAGUUCGUCCUCUUAACAACAGGUUUCACGGCACAAUGGACAGUGGCCCCUCCUGCCAUCAAAGUUUACUCAGAAAAGUCUUCUGAACUCAUCUGAAACUUUAAGGAAGCUUAUAUAAAAACGUUCCAGUCUCUGCCGAGUUUGCAGUUUAUAUGGCAAUACAAUGGCGAAGAGCUCCGGGAAAAACCGGCCAAUCUACUGGUGCGGCCUUGGCUUCCACAGCAAGACUUGCUCGGUCAAUAUCACUUUUUCUUUUUUUUUGCGAAUGUGAACAUUUGGAGGACAUCCAAAGUGCGCGGCACACGUGAGCCACGGCGGCCUGAACAGCGUGAUCGAGUCGGUUUGGCAUGGCGUUCCCGUCGUCGGCCUUCCUCUCACUUCGCGCGGUAGGUUUUCCUCCAGAAAGACUCCUUACAUCGCAAGUUAGGAGAAAAAAGUUGAAAUUUCUGAUUUUCAACCGCCUUCUUCCUUUCCAACAUACACAAAUUACUGUUGAUUAGAUGUAUUUUUGAAAUGUUCUAUUUUUCGUUUCAAUAGUUUUCAGGCUACGAUAACUUGCUGCGAGUGACUGCCAGAAACGCCGGCGUGAUGGUCGAAAAAGAAGAUUUCAACAGGGAGGGUAUCACCUCAGCAAUCACAAAAGUAGUGAAAGAUCCGAAGUGAGAAAGUGACGAUUUGACAAUGCAAAAGGAUGCGAUUGCAGAUUCCAGGAGGAGAUGGAGAUUUUCCAAGACAUGGUAACGGACGUCCCUUUCACAGAGCUGUACCAUGCCGCCUUCUGGGUCGAGUUCAUCGAACGGCACCAAGAGGUUUUUCUAGAGAUUCAAACAGUAGUUUGCCUUCAUUUUAAAUUUUACAGCUUUUGUUUUUGUUUUCUUGGAUCAUAGUUCAAAAAAUAGAGUUGCACGGACACAAAUCGAACGUCUCGUUAUGAGUUUCUUUCGCUGAUUAUAUGUGCUUGAAAUAUUUUUUUUGAUUCAAAAAGAAAAGUAUAAAGGAAAGUUCGUUUUUUUCUUAAAAAUUUGCAUUAAAGGUACCCCACGCGAGGUCAGGAGCGGACAAACUCAACGUGCUUCAAUACUUUUUGGUCGACGUCAUCGCUUUUUUCGCUUGUAUCAUCCUUCUCACGCUCCAGAUUCUCUUUUUCGCAGUCCGAGGCCUCUUCCGAGUUUUGAGCUCCGUUUUCAAGUUGGCGAUCGGUCAGAAGUCCACGCGUCCCAUGACUCCAGGCAAAAAACGAAAUUGA